GAAGAUCGUCAAACACUUGCUCCAGCUCAUCUUGCCCUCAGCCGUUGUCCGAUUCUUACAUGACCCUCGAUCAGAUUGAAUGGUACUUGAAAGAGCUCAACACGACACAUUCUUCCCGACUGAGCGUAACUUCCAUUGGCAAAUCGAUAGAAGGACGUGACAUUUGGCUGGUACACAUCAGACCACGAAGGUGCAGUGUGGGUGGCGCGGUUUGGAUAGAAGCGGGUAUUCACGCUCGUGAAUGGAUAUCGCCAGCUGUGGUUCUUCAGAUGAUUCCCUUGUUUUUAGAAGACUGCUCCCGAUUAGAAACCCUGGACAUUUUCAUCGUUCCAAUGGCUAAUCCUGAUGGGUACCUCUAUUCGUGGACAUCUAAUCGUCUUUGGCGGAAAAACAGAAGAAUAAAUAGUGGUGGUUGUGAUGGCGUUGAUCUGAACCGCAACUGGGACUUUAAGUUCGGCCUAUUUUCAUCAGACAACCCUUGCAGCGAGGAUUAUCGAGGCUCUGCUGGAUUCUCGGAACCAGAAACCCAAGCCCUCAAAGAUGCCAUGUUGGCAGUUGCAGGAACGUCCAACCUCUUGAUGGUCAUAGCCUUUCACAGCUAUGGCCAGUACAUUCUGUACCCUUGGGGAUGGACGACGGAAGAAGCUCCUGACACUCAGAAAAUGAUCGGAAGGGGAGAGCUCUGGGCGACUGCCGCCAAGAAAAGAUAUGGGACUGUGUAUCAAGUGAUCAAUGCGGGAGGCGGUCUGUAUCUAGCUUCUGGAACCACUGAUGAUUGGGCAAAAGGUGUACUACAAGUGAACUAUUCCUAUACCGUAGAGCUAAGAGACGAAGGUGCUCAAGGGUUCGUUCUAUCGCCAGAUCAAAUCAAGCCAUGCAGUGAGGAAGUAUGGGAUGGAAUGAAAAUAUUGCUGAGAGCUGUAGGACCAGGGGAACAUAUCUUUCUGUAGAGAUUAAACGGAUCACCUGAAGAAAAGCGACCCCAACACAUGCUGGGGUCGCUUUUCUUCAGGUGGAAAAUAUUGGGGUCGCUUUUCUUAAGGUGAGGAAUUAACGGGUUACAGUAAGGCCGUGGCGGAACGGUGCUUCGCACCUUAUCCGCAUAUUUAAAGAUUCUUGGCAAGCUCUGUAUGUUCUGGCAAGAGGUAAUGUUGCGCUGCAUGCACUAGCCACAGGGAUUACAGUAGGUUUGAUUAUUUUUGUACUGAAAUUCCAA